GUUUGCGUCACUGCUGUGCGACGCACAUGUCGAGGUGAAAGUGCAAGGCUGCCAUUUUUUCGAAAAGAUCUUCCUGAGUAGUUGGACGAGCAGAGACGUACUGUGAGUUUCACCGUCACUAUUUAUCGGCUCUGUCGCACCUGUCGGCGCACUGAAGACAUACUGUAGAGGGAUAUUACAGAAGCUCGGUGUUUUUGAACUCAGGUUGAGUCGCGGGCGUUGCUCGGGAGUUGCACUGGUCUGCAGAUGGCUGCUUAGCUCGGCGGGCUAACAUUAGCCGUGGCUGUAAACAAACACUACACACAGUCGAGAAACAGCUGCAGGUAAACCACCGCACACUCUGCAGGUUUGUUCAGCAGAUUUGGUCAAAGCUUCAGCCGGGUAAAGAGCUAACGCCAGGGAAGAGGAGCGGGCAGCAGGAGGCGCUUCGACGCUGCAUGUCUGGAAGUUUGCAACACAACUCGAGUUUUGAUGACAGUGCGAGUUUCUCCAAACCAGCUCGGAGCUCAGUCGCUUUAGACCGGGUCGGGGUUCGGUCGGGUCACAGGGUAAAACACGCACACACAAACACAAACACACGCCCAGCGUCAUGUCGUCCUUCUCGGAGGCGGCCUUGGAGAAGAAGCUGUCGGAGCUGAGCAGCUCGCAGCAGAGCGUCCAGACUCUGUCUCUGUGGAUCAUCCACCACCGCAAACACUCGGCCCUCAUCGUCAAAGUGUGGCACAAGGAGCUGAAGAAAGCUAAAAGCAACAGGAAGCUGACGUUCCUGUAUCUGGCCAACGACGUCAUCCAAAACAGCAAGAAGAAAGGACCAGAGUUCACCAAAGACUUUGAGUCCGUCCUCGUCGAUGCCUGCUCCCAUGUUGCCAGUGAAGCAGAUGAGAGCUGUAAAAAGCACAUGGAGAGACUGCUGAACAUCUGGAAGGAGAGGAACCUUUACAGAAGUGACUUCAUUCAGCAGCUCAAACUGGCCAUAGAAGACUCUAACAGCCCCAGGCCUUCAGAAGAGAAGAAGCCGGUGAAACGUAGCUAUCAGAAGAUCCAGGAAGAUGAAGAUGAUGAGGACGACGACUAUAGAAGCCACAACUCCCCUCGCAACACAGAUGCCUCUGCUACUCAGCUGACAGAGGAGCUGGUGAAGGCCCUGCAGGACUUGGAAAACGCUGCAUCAGGCGAUGCAGCUGUUCGUCAGAAGAUCGCCUCGCUGCCGCAGGAAGUCCAAGACGUUUCCCUACUGGAGAAGAUCACUGACAAGGAGGCAGCAGACAGGCUGUCGAAAACGGUGGAUGAAGCCUGUUUGCUGCUGGCGGAGUACAAUGGCCGACUGGCUGCAGAGCUGGAGGACCGGAGGCAGCUGGCUCGCAUGCUGACUGAAUACAUCAGCAGCCAGAAGGAGGCGCUCAUGGAGAGAGAGAAGAAACUAGAGGAAUAUAAGCAGAAACUUGCGAGAGUGACCCAGGUGAGGAAAGAGCUCAAGUCCCACAUCCAGAGUCUCCCUGACCUCUCCCUCCUGCCCAAUGUGACCGGGGGUCUGGCCCCGCUCCCCUCGGCCGGAGACCUCUUCUCUACUGACUGAGGGGGUCUUUGCCCAGACAAACUACCCCGAUGCUCCUCCCCACCCAAACCCAGCCUCACGUUUGAUUCACAAAAAUACUCCCAGCUGUGUCUCCAGCCAGAGGACACGUGCUCAAACCUCUCUCAGAAGAGUAGCCAGCCCACCUGCUAACUCCAAACCUGCAGGAUAAAAGGGAGGAAGGGACGUUAGAAGGAAGGUUUGGUGAAAUCGAGAAGCCCUGCAGAGGAGAACAGAGACUCUGUCAGCCUGGAUUUUUCCCGUGCUUGCUUAAUUAACAAGGAUUCCACUUCACCAGCUUGGAACGAGUUUGUUUCCUGUCUGUUUUUAUUAUUUUUUUUUUUAAAUGCUGGACAUGUCACUGACUUAGGAGGAGGGGAAGGGUGAAGAAGUAAAGCUUCGAUGGACAUUAUUGGUGGUUGUCAGGGCGUGUCAAUCUAAGUGUCUUUCUGUAUGGUAUAUUUUGGAUUCAGUGAGCAAAGGUGGGCCGUUUGCUCUCAAAGUUCUCAGAGGUUGUGACUACACUGUGAAGAGGAUGUACCAUUCACUAGUCUUAUUUUUUGGCUUUUAGUUUGUGGAUUUUUAUUCAGUCAUAAUCUGAUAGGUGGUUUUGAUGAGUGUGUACAAUUAGAGAAAAUAUCAGAUCAGGUUCAGUGUACGUUGGGUUUUGGAUGUUUAAUGAAUGCUCGUGGUUGACAACUGUUACACAGCACACUCAUUUCAGUAACACUUCAUAGAGUCAGUGACUGAAUAGGAUUGGUGGGACAGUAUCAUCCUGACAGUUUAAAGUCAAUAGACAAGCUUUGGUUUUCUGGCCCCAAUUUGCACUGUGCAAUUCAAAGUACCCGUUUGUUUUCACACUUUAAUUUUGACAGAUGCCUCAAAUAUUAUGAGGCUAAUUAUGUUCAGAAGUGUGUACUAGGCAAGGUUUGAAUUUUACAAAACAAAUCCUGAAAUUUUGCAGAAACAAUUCAAAGUUUGCUUUCUAAAAAACUGCCUGGUCUCUAUUUGUAUGAAAACAUUCAUGAAAUGCUAAAAUUCAAAAAUACAGUAUCUUCUGAAAGGGAAAGUAGUGAGAGAAACUAAAGCGUAAGAGAUCAUUUAGUUUUAGUGUGUGUGUAGGUUUGGGAAAUAUGGAAAGAGAGAAAUAUCAAGAUAACGAGGUCUGAACAGGACCUUUUUUUUGAUAUUGUUUAUCACAAAAUCUGUUUUGCAAUGGAAAAAAAAAUCAGGACAGGUUGUCUAGUUACAUUUACAUUAGAUUUUACAUUACAUUUACAUUACAUCAUUACAUUAGAUAUGAUCUUCAGCAUAAUUUUCAAGUGUUAACUUGAAAAAAACUUAAAAAAUGAUUCACAAUAUUAAAUUCCCACAAAAUGAUUAAAAUGGCAUAAUUUACACAUAUGCUUGGCCCUACUUUUUGUGUAGAUAAAAUAUUUUACUAAAAAGUAGCAGCAUCAGAUUCACCUCUGUAGUCUUUUAUUAAAAUUGACAAACCACAUCGCAAAUCCCUUAAUUUAGAUAUUAAGGCCAGGGAGGGUGACUUAUUCCCUUUGUAAUAUUUGGUACAGCUGUUUGUGAGGAUUUUGUAAUCAUUUCUCUGUCAAGGCCAGAACUAUAGGUAUCAUUUGUUUAGCUCAUGUUUGAUUUUCUGUCGUCUGGAUGAAGAAAGGAAAAAAAAAAAAACAUGUAUGGAGAAGUUUUAUGAUAAAAUGUGAGGAUGUUUACCAAGACAAACUAUUCAUUUUGUUAAAGAUUCCUAAAGCCAUGUCUUCUGCUGCUGGUGAGAUAAGUGUUUUCCAAAGCUAAAGAAGAUUACAGUCGCUGUAACUUACCUGCUGAUGCAGCAGGCCUGGGUGAGAAGUGCUGCUACAAAUCCUUUUCUGUGAACUCUGAUUGAUUGGUGUCUCCUGGCAGUCUGGAGCCACAGAAUACUUCAAGCAGCAGGUAAAAGUGUGACUCAGCAGCUUUACAGGAUUUGUUAAACCAAAUGAGUAGAUGUCAUCAUUAGAGUCAUUGGUAGGGACCCAAAACACAUAUUUAGUCUUUAAAAUGACCGUAAUGUUAGACAAACUUUGGCUGUUAAUGUUGAAGUGGAUUAAAUUUGACGCAUUGUUUGUUCACUGGUUAUUUAAAAGAUAAUUACAAAAAGUUUUCGAUACAACUAUACGCCAGGAAGGAUUUCAGCAACAUUUUGACCCAGGCGCGCUUUACUGUCAAUAUUAGUUGGAUCUUUUCUUACUUACUUGCUGUGUGGUAUGUGUCGCUCUCUGCAGUUUCAUACUGUUCUAUCAGGACUCCAACAGUAAGGGUAGUGUUUUUCUGUAAUGAAAGUGAUUCAGAGGAUGCCAAUAAACUGGAACCAUUUGAACAAUUAC